AUGUCGGGACGAAAAGGCAACCUCGCAUCGCGGUCGCUCGAAUACCGUGCGCCCGAUACGCCCAAAUUCCUCAAAGCGUUGCAAGCACAAGUCUCGUCCUCUUCACGCUACGGCUCCGCGUCGCAUCGCGAUGAGCUGGAUUCCCUCGUCGCCUCGUCCUCUUCUUCCGCCGGAAAAGGCAGACCACAGGACGGCGAUGGGGAUGGUAUCGACAGCGACGACGAGAUCCACGGCGCGCAGGUCGUCGUACUCAAGGAAGGCAAACACAUUUCCCAUGACGAAGCCGUGCGGCUCAAGCAACAGCAACAGCGCGACGAGCCCCCGGCCAAGGAACAGCCGGCGCAGAACAUCGCCGAUGCUACUGCUGUGGGUGUGACAAAGAAGCGGCGUCUUCCCGUUGACUUGUCCAACAACGACGAUACGCACAAAACGAUACGAACCACCUCGUCGUCCAGCGCAAAACCAAAUCCUCUGGACGACGUGAAAAGGCUCAUCCAGCAACAACGUAACCCCCCACCACCACCGUCACCGUCCCCAUCCACAAAGGACAAGCCGAACAAGCAAAAGCCAAAGAAAGUGAAACCGGGCAAACCGGGCAAAGGUCUCAGCUUCAACUUCGACGAGUAG